UAUAUUGUAGAAAUUCUGCAAUCCAAUUAAUUCUCAUCCCUUCUCUUCCGACCCUCUCCCGCCGGCGAUUGAUGAGAUGAAAUGAUCAUCUCCGUCGUGUAAUUUUCUUGGUUUUUUCGAUUGUUUUUGUAUGUUAUAUUAUUAAUAUUAAUUAACUAUACAACGACAAUUUAAAAUGACUCACCAAACUUCCUUCUCCGGCCCUCUGCUUUCAUCGUCCGGUCCGACAGCCACCGCGUGUGACCCGUCGGAGACGGAUCUCACAUGGCCAUUCGGUGAUUUACACGGGUUAGACCGUGAUGACAUUAGAGAAACAGCUUACGAGGUGUUUUUCACAGCUUGUCGAUCAUCUCCCGGAUUUGGCGGUGGCAGAAAUAAUCUGACGUUUUAUUCAAACCACCAUGGCCAUGGCCAUAGUCAUAGCGAUGGAGGAGGAGCAGGACCAGGGCCUAUGUCACCGUCAUCAGGGUCUAGUAACGGCUCUCCCGGAGGUAACGGUGGUGGUAGUGGUGGAGGGAGGAUAGGAGGCGGCGGAGGCGGUGGAGGAAAUGGUGGAUCUGUGGUUGUGAUGACACCGACGAGUAGGAUAAAACGUGCACUAGGGUUGAAGAUGAUAAGAAGGUCACCGUCGCGGAGGAUGUCUACCGGCGGAGGAGGUGGACCAGGGACAAAUGGACCAGGGUCUCCUAAUGCGCCGCCGUUUAAUAAUCAUAAUAAUAAUAACGGUGGUGGAUAUAGUCCUGGUACGGCGUUUAAUACUGUUCCGGCGUCGAGACCGAGAAGGCCGCUGACAUCGGCGGAGAUUAUGAGGAUGCAAAUGGGAGUUACUGAACAGAGUGAUAAUAGAUUGAGAAAAACUCUCAUGCGGACUCUUGUUGGCCAAAUGGGAAGAAGAGCAGAGACAAUAAUUCUACCACUGGAGCUUCUCCGCCACCUGAAACCAUCAGAAUUCAACGAUACACAUGAGUAUCAUCUCUGGCAAAGACGUCAGCUCAAAAUCCUCGAGACCGGACUUCUCCUCCACCCGUCAGUCCCACUCCAAAAAUCAAACUCCUUCGCUAUGCGUCUCCGCGAAAUCAUCCGAACCAGCGACACAAAGUCCGUCGACACCAGCAAAAAUUCCGACACAAUGAGAACUUUAUGCAACAGUGUCGUUUCUUUAUCCUGGAGAAGCCCGACAGGCGCGCCGAGCGAUGUCUGCCACUGGGCUGACGGCUUCCCUCUGAAUCUGCAUAUCUACACUUGUCUGCUCCAAGCAAUAUUCGAUUUCAGGGACGAGACGUUAGUUCUCGACGAAGUCGACGAGCUUGUCGAGUUGAUGAAGAAGACAUGGACUACAUUAGGAAUCAACAGGCCGAUUCAUAAUCUUUGUUUUACCUGGGUGCUGUUUCAGCAAUAUGUUUUGACUUCUCAGACUGAGCCGGAUCUUCUUUACGCCUCACACACAAUGCUGUCGACGGAGGUGGCAAAUGAUGCGAAAAAGCCAGACAGGGAGGCUAAUUAUGCUAAGCUUUUGUCUUCUAUGUUGGCUUCUAUGCAAGGAUGGGCUGAGAGGAGAUUGCUUCAUUAUCAUGACUAUUUCCAGAGAGGAAAUGUUUUUCUGAUUGAGAAUCUGUUGCCUUUGGCUUUAUCGGCUUCCAAGAUUAUGGGUGAAGAUAUUACUAUUAUGGAAGGUUCAGGGAAAGAACAUAACACUAGAAUAGUCGAUUCGUCGGGGGAUCGUGUCGAUCACUACAUUCGAGCUUCUAUCAAAAGUGCAUUUGCAAAGAUAAUAGAAACCGGGAGCUAUAAGAGUACGAGUGUCGAAGUGAAAGACGAGGCAGGUGAGGCUCUUCUGCAGCUAGCUAAAGAAACUGAAUAUUUAGCCUCAAGAGAAAGAGAGAGUUUCAGUCCCAUUCUGAAGAAAUGGCAGCCAAUUGCUGCUAGUGUUGCUGCUGUCACAUUGCACCAUUGCUACGGGGCGGUUCUGAAGCAGUAUCUUGCAGGAAUGGCCAUUCUGAACUCAGAGUCAGUCGAAGUACUGGAGAGAGCAGGAAAGCUUGAAAAAUUCUUAGUUCAAAUGGUGGUUGAAGAUUCUGCAGAUUGUGAUGAUGGAGGAAAAUCAAUUGUGCGCGAGAUGGUUCCGUUCGAAGUUGAUUCUGUCAUAAUAAGAGUUAUGAAACAAUGGAUUGAGGAUAAGUUGAAAAAAGGCAGAGAAUGUCUUCUCAGAGCAAGAGAUUCUGAGACAUGGAAUCCCAAGUCUAAAAAUGAACCCUAUACACAGUCGGUUGUGGAGUUGAUGAAAUUAGCUAAGGAAAGUGUGGAUGAAUUCUUUGAAAUUCCUGUUGGAAUUAAUGAUGAUCUUGUUUGCGAUCUUGCUGAAGGAUUAGAGCAUCUCUUUCAGGAAUACAUCAAACUUGUAGAAGCUUGUGGAUCAAAACAGAACUAUGUUCCCAUAUUACCACCUUUAACAAGAUGCAACCGUGAUUCGAAAUUCUUCAAGCUAUGGAAGAAGGCUACUCCGUGUAGUGUUACAGCAGAAGAGAUGCAAAAUCAUGGAGGACUAGCAGAAGCUCAGAAUCCUAGGCCAUCAACGAGUCGCGGAACGCAACGUCUUUACAUCCGCCUUAACACCCUACAUUAUCUUCUAUCCCACCUUCAUUCACUAGAUAAAACCCUAGCCCUUGCUCCAAGAACUGUUGCUUCAGCCCGUACUCGUCACGUUAACCACCGUCGUAACCGUUCUUCGGUCUCCUCUUACUUUGAACUAACACAUUCCGCCAUCCAAUCCGUCUGUCAACAUGUUUCAGAAGUUGCAGCCUAUCGUUUGAUCUUCCUAGACUCGAAUGCUGUAUUUUACGAGACUCUAUACCUCGGUGAUGUAGCUAAUGCAAGAAUUAGGCCUGUGUUGAGAACUGUGAAGCAGAAUCUCACUCUUCUGACAGCGAUUCUCACGGACCGAGCACAAGCGUUGGCGAUGAAAGAAGUAAUGAAAGCGGCUUUCGAGGCCUUUCUUAUGGUAUUACUAGCAGGAGGUUGCUCCAGGGUGUUCUAUCGAUCCGAUCAUCCAAUGAUUCACGAGGAUUUUGAGCACCUGAAGCGCGUAUUUUGCUCGUGCGGUGAAGGAUUGAUCAAUGAGGAGGCGGUGGAGAAGGAGGCCGACAUAGUUGAAGGAGUAGUAGCAUUGAUGGGAGAAUGUACAGAGCAAUUAAUGGAAGAUUUCAGUAUUGUGACUUGCGAAACAAGCGGCAUAGGAGUAAUGGGUACGGGUCAAAAACUACCGAUGCCACCAACAACAGGGAGAUGGAAUAGAGCAGAUCCGAAUACAAUAUUAAGAGUUUUAUGUCACAGAAAUGAUAAAGCAGCUAACGUGUUCUUGAAGAAAUCAUUCCAAUUGGCUAAGAGGAAAUGAAUUAAGAAAAACUGAGUUUUCUUUUGACAUAUAAUAUAUCUUGUACAUUACCUAGAAAAAAGGUGAUUGUAAAUGUUAUGGUUAAUUCAUUCUGAUAAUAAUUAAUUCGUUCCGAAAUAUUGUAACAAAAUCGGAUUUGAAGAGAAAACAAACAUUGAGAGAUCUUGUUGCUGUACUAAAUUAUUUGUAGAACUAGGGACUGUUUAGUUAAUAUUCCUGUGGUGGUGAACUUUUUAAUAGAAACAGUGGAAAAGAGAGCAUGUGCAGAUAUAUAUUCUUUAAUUUUUCAUCAAGUUCUAUAAUUUCCUCUA